AUGGCUCCUUUCUCAUCAGACUCGUUUAAACCUCUUCUCGACAGGCUCGUGCAGACACCCGAGUACUUUACUCCAGAAGAUCUCACUCUUGCGCUUAACCACCUCUUCACGCCUGACGCCGUUUCCCCCGUCCAGAUCGGCGCGUUCUUGACUGCGCUGCACAUCCACCGUGUCGAGAGGCGGCCGGAGUCGCUAGCUGCAGCAGCGGCGGUCUUGCGAGAGCGGUCCCUCAAAGCCACCAUCGAAGAUCGGGAAGGCGAUUUCAUCGUAGACGUCGUCGGCACCGGAGGCGAUGGCUUCAACCUAUUCAACGUAAGCACGACCGCAGGGAUAGUCGCGGCGGGCGCCGGUGCCCGAGUAGUCAAGCACGGCAGUCGCGCGUCCACCUCCAGCUCGGGCUCGGCGGACCUACUUCAGGCUCUGGGCUGCACAUUCACCGCGCCCACGCCGGGGACGACGACGCCCAUCCCCCGCGUCCCCUUCACAUUCAUCCUCGCGCCCCACUACCACCCCGCGCUCGCCUUCAUCGCGCCGUACCGCAAGGCGCUCCCGUUCCGCACGAUGUUCAACAUCCUCGGGCCGCUGAUCAACCCCGCCAGCCCGCAGGGCAUGGUCCUCGGGAUCGCGGAGCCGGAGAUCGGGCGCACGUUCGCGCGGUCGCUCAGCGAGGGCGGCGUCUCCCACGCGCUCGUCGUGUGUGGUUUCGAGAAGCUCGACGAGAUCAGCUGUGCCGGCCCGACCCAUGCCUGGGAGCUGAAGAACGGGCGGGUGACCGAGCUCACACUCACCCCGGCGGACUUUGGGGUCGAGACCCAUCCUCUGAAGGCUGUGGGCGGCGGAUCCCCUGCUGAGAACGCAGAGACGUUCAAGAAGUUGCUGACAUCUGGAAAAGACAUCCCAGUGGCCAUGAAGGCUGUGUUGGAUUUCGUGCUGAUCAACGCAUCUGCGUUGCUGGUGGUGGCCGGGAUCGCAACGGAUUUCAAACAUGGAACGCAGCUGGCAUUGGAGAGCAUAACGUCUGGAAAAGCUUGGGCAGCCCUGCAGACUUUCAAAGAGGCGGGACAGACAAGCAGCUCUUGAAUGCCUGAUGAAUUGCUUUCCGCUUACAAGGCGUGUGUCUCAGCGCGGAAACCAAAGAUGAAAAUACAGGUUUGUUCGUCGUACACCUCUUCGUAGAUAUGUUACGUCAAAGCUCCGUCCCGAUUGUCCCGACUUUCGCUGGAGCUUCAAUCGCAGCCAGACCGGAACGGACCAGCCUCACCCGCUCAUCUAUCAAGUCCAGAGUACUGAGAAUCGACGCGAGUUCUGCUUUGGCAUCGGUUGGAAGCGAGGCAGAGGGAGCUUGGGCCGUGGGCGGCAGCUUCUUCCCGGACGAGAGCUCGUCCCACAGCGCAGUGACGACACCCGCGACCCACUCCUCCCGAUCCUCGUUCCUGACGCGCUCGCGGUGCCUCCUUUGAGUCUUCUCCGCGGCUGAGCCCAUGCGCAUGUACGUCCAAAUGUUACUCAGCAAGAGCACAAAUAUGAGCACGUAGAGGAUGCUGGUCGAGUUUGAGUUGUCCCAGGCAUCGCGCAGGAGCUCGAGUGCUCCUUUGGUGCUCGUCUUGGCGACACGGUAGGCGCCGUCGAACGUGUCCCAGGCCCAUUGUAGACCGCGACCCUGGCGUGCUUUGCGUUUCUCUUGUUCGGUGGGCUCUGCGACAUUGACUGCGGCGGUCGAGGCCUCGGCCGCAAGCUCGGGUACAGCAGCGGCUGCCAGAUCCACGCCCUCUGGCAUGAACUCAGACUGAUGCUCUUUGAUGUACCCUCGCAUCGCCUUGUCCAGAUCACCGUGGUACACCUUCUGGCCGUCGAUGGCCGACUUUUCGAUGAUGCCUGCGCGUGCACGCUACGCCCGGUCCAGUCCACCUGAGUAGUGACCACAACCUUGGUCGAGAACGACGUGCACCACAUAAUGCACGUUCGCGUCUUGACAGAAAACACGCCGCCACUGGGCACAUCAGGUGUCCGAGUGGUUGUCAGCAUCGACACAUAAUCGUCGAAAUCGAUGUGUGCAAGCUCGUCUCGGAUCUCGCAUUUCGUCGACUUGGGCCCCAGGCUCGCGUUCAGAGGUUUGAUAUACGACAUGUUGCGAGUGAGCAGCUUCGACCCGGGCGUAGCAGGAGACCAGUCCGAUACCUGGAUGUCUGAAUCAAGUAUUUCUGAUUUACAGCCAUAAACUCUUUGAUAAAUCCGCUGGCGAAGAUCAAGUUGUAGAUCCGUUCAGGAGUACCAGGUAUGACAAUCUCGAGGGCCGUCUCUGAGAAGUGAGCUCCCUGUUUGCCACACGCGCAGACCGUUGCCUUGUGCUCAUUUGCUGCUGCGGGACCCGAUCCGAUGAGGGUGCCUUCGGGGAUUGUCAGUCCCGUGUCGUUUGCAACGGAGCCUGAGCCGAUAGAGAUGGCGUCACUGGGGCGGACCAGUCGCCAGAUGUUAUGAAUGACGUCGAAAGUCGUGUCGCGGGACAAGAAGGAAGCAAAGGUAUAGUCCGCCCGCGGGGUGACCACAUGAAUAGCGUUGGGUAUAACAAAAGCUGUUACUUUCUUCUCCAGGGUCGUAAUUUCAUAAAUGGAAAUCGUUAACUGCGC